AUGACGCUGUGGAGCAGCGUAAAGCCAUUCUGGCCUCUCCUGUUCACAUUCAUCCUCCCACGCGCCAUCAACUACUACGCCGCAUUCAAGACCGCCUACCGCACCAGACCGCCGCCUCGUCCCCUGCCGAAGCGGACCAGCCGUGGGCUGAAUGCGCUGUUCGUGUCGAUAUGCGUCUUUCUGUACGCGUCGUGGCCGCUGAGAGGCGAUAUCGCCGACCACAACGUCUUUGUGGCCACGCAGUCGCGGCUGUCGGUGCCGACGGACGUGCUGUUUGAGCGGCUGGCCAUGUUGCGCGAGAACGGGGCCCUCUCGGCCGCGGACGAGGCGUUGAGGGCAAAGUUGACUUCACCAGCCCUUCGCCAACUCUACCUCCGCUUCGGGCCCUCGACCCUGCGCGACUGCCUGUUCUGCCACCCCGACGACCAAAUCUCGUACCUGCUGUACCACCUCCCGACCAACACGGUGCUCCCGCACCUCUUCCACGUUCUGUGCCUGGGCCUCGCGACCUCGGAGACCGUGGGCGGGUACGAAGCGUCGACGUGGCGCCGCGCCGCCGUCUUUGGCGCGCUCGUCCUCGCGGGCGCCGACGUGUUUUUGACCGCGACAUACGCGCCGCCCGUGGCGAUCAGCACCGUCGCCCCCGCGGGGACGUUCUGGCUCGGCACCACGGCGCGGUACCUCGGCCUGUGCGCGUUCGACAUCGCGGUGGCGCUGUGCAUCUACGCGUCGGCGACGGGGCGGUUCUACCUCUUCCCCUCCACAUCAGCAGGUGGGCCUGGUUCAGCGGACGCGGAACUCGCGCGCCGCCGCACCGAUGAGCUCCUCACGCAAGCCAACCUGGUGCUGCAGAUGGCCGCGACGAAUCUGCGCGCGUACUCGAUCGCACGUAACGCCGUGGUGCGCAACCCGGCCCUCAAGGACCGCGACGACGCAUAUUGGCGCGCCGUGGUCGCCGUCGAGCGCGAGCGUGAGGGCGGAGGCACGGGUGUCGGUGGUGCUGGUGGUGACGACGACGACGACACUCUCUACGAGGACGAGGAGGUCCAGGCCGCGGUGGCGCGCGCGUACGGCACCGGCGCGAUCAAUAUCGCCAGUGUGAGGAGGGAGGCCGAGGCGUUUGUCCGCCACGCGACGAGGGGGUUGGAUGAAUGA